AGUUCGGAACCACGCCCGCCGCUCGCCGCUUGCCAUCGGAAGCCCCCGCGAGACCGAGCGCUGCCACUCGCCAUCUGGUUUCGAGUUCCGCUGUUCCACUAUCGCACGCCCACUCAUCUGGCUUCUAAAGACUUUGGGGCUUAGAGAUGGAGGUGAGCCGAUUACAGAGGAGAUUUUUUAAAAUUUUUGGUGGUGUGGAUGGGAAGGGGUUUCUGGAUGCCCAGUUCACAGAACUGCAGCAUCUGCAGGAUGAGAACAACCCUAACUUUGUUUCUGAAGUUGUCUCUCUUUUUUUUGAGGACUCUGAGAGGCUUCUCAACGAACUCAGCAGGACCCUGGAUCAGCAGAUUGUGGAUUUCAGGAAGGUUGAUGCACAUGUCCACCAGCUUAAGGGAAGCAGUGCCAGCAUUGGUGCUCAAAGGGUUAAAAAUGUCUGUCUUGCUUUUCGAAGUUGCUGUGACGAGAAUAACCUAGAGGGAUGUCUCGGUUGUUUGCAGCAAGUCAGGCAAGAGUGUUACCUUGUGAAGAACAAGCUUGACGCUCUAUUCAGGCUGGAGCAGCAGAUUCUUGCAGCCGGGGGGGCCGUGCCAAUAAUGAGCAAGGAUUAAGUUAAACUAGUGUAGGAGGUGGUAAUCCUUCUCUCUGUUUGUUUCUUGAGCUUUUCCUCUACCUGUUAUGUGCCUGUUUGUCCGCUAAUUUUGAAAAAUCUGUGUUCGGUCCAAAUACAAGACGGAAUCGCUUUCUAUAUAUUGUAGAAAAAUGAAUGAAUCAACCAAAUUGCUUAUUUCCGACGGCGUUUCAGUGUC